UUGAAUGAGUACGGUGACGGAGAAUUGGGUCCGCCUCUGGAUCCACGCAACCUAAUGGCAGAUUUGAUUGAGUUUGCCUCCGUGGUUAUGCAGGGCAUUAAAGACAGUAAGUUCUCUUCUCAUCUUCGACAUCGCAAAUCAGCAGUUGGCCUUCUGGAUCGCAGUUCCUCAAACACUAUGGCUGCUGUUCUCCUCGGUACUUUUCCUCGUUUUCCUAUUCUUAUUACAGCUAUGUUGAGUGAGGCAGUUCAGCCUGAUAUUUUUCUCUUUGACCUCAUGAAAUUUGUCAUUAAACGUGAAGGACCCGUGAUUUGUGAAGAGACAUUCACCACUUUGCUGAAGAUUGUGGGGAUCUUCAAUUUUUUCAUUAUCUAUGGAGACUGUUUUCUACUGGGCCCAAGUACCUACGAUGAUCUCUACUAUGAGCUAAUUCGUCGUAAGGAUGCUAUUGAGCAGCUAAUCAAGUUCGCUCACAUCCAGUACCACAUUAUCAGCGGGUUUUUUUCAGCCGAUCAAUAUUCAACAUCCGAGGGUGGUUGGAAGUCUCUGCCAAUGGACCUUCGUGAUUCAAUCAAGAAUUUGGAGGCUAUAGUCAGGCAUUAUAAUAUGAAGAUAUCUGCCUUCAUCUCUAACGGUAGCGUGGCCUCCCUAACCGAAGACGAAGCUAUGAAAAUUAUUCAAGACAAUUACUCGUCGCUGAACCUUCGAGUUUAUGACGAGCUUCAUAAAUACUACGAACCGAUCACUAGAUUUGUGGAAGAUUCUGAUGAACGAAUGUUGGCUGGUAUUGUUCAAGGUUUUCGGAGAAACUGUUUGGAGUCCUCAAUCGCCUAUCAGUCACGAUUCGAUGAAUUGGCUGUGAUACAUUAA